AUGUUCGGGGUGAGUAAUAGCCAACAAGAUGAAAGUCUUGUGGCGGUUAUUGAUGCGAUGAGACGAGAAGUUUCCGUUAGUGUCUCGGUGUUGAAGUCAUUCUUGGAGUUCUUGUCCGGACGACAAAGUAACAUUAAGACCAAGCUGACUUCAGUACUAAUGAAAAAGAAGGAUCUUCGUGAGGAGACCAAGAACGAGUUGGAGAGUUUGGAUUCCGCGAUAUGUUGCUCUCGUGAUGACCUACAAAAUAAGCUUGAGGAGGUCGAGUUGAGCAUUGAUGGAUUCGAGAAGCAUCUAGAAGGCAUUCAACAUUAG